GGGCUCAUGUACCCCAAGGCCAGUCUGCAGAGAACCAUGAACACCUUCUCAGGAUAAGGUGGAGAAGCCACUUCCAAGAGCUCUGUAGGCAGCACAAGCAGCUGCCUUCCUGCCCUAGAAAUGAUUACCCGCUCUCAGGCCACCAAGGCCAGGAAGAAUGUGCCUGUCAGAUCAGCCCGCAGCAUGCAAAGGCUGCUUGCCAAGAAGCAGCAGGUCCAGGAGGAACAGCAGCUGAGAGUCCAGGCCAAGAAAAAGGGAAGAGCCCAGAAACAGAAGGCUGGCCUGGGCAGAAAAGCCAAGAGCACUCGGAGCAGCUCUACUGCUCAGCCCACCUGCAGAACCCAGACCAGCUCCUUCAUACAAACCAGCUCCAGCACCCAGACCAGCCCCCAAGGCCAGAGGAGCUCCAGCACCCAGACCAGCCCCCAAGGCCAGAGGAGCUCCAGCAGCCUCCCUGGCCCGGGCCGCUUUGCCCUCGGCCUCCGCUGUGCCCCAGGCUAUCCUGGCCCCAGAGGUCACACCCUCCCAUGCCCAGGCACGCCACCUGUGAUGGUCCCAGAAGGCAAGGAAGGAAGGAAUGACCCCCAGAAUGGCAGGCUGAAUCCAGAUGGAGAAGACCUCUGCGACUGUCUGGUCAGAGAUUGCCCCGGCUGCUUCGAACAGUGCCCCACGUGCCAGUCGACCAAGUGUGGGCCCCUCUGCCGCCAAAACCGCAUCUGUGUCUAUGAGGUCUUUGCCGAUAAUGAAGGACAAGUGAUCAGCACCUUCUCGUUACCCCAUGCUAAGUAAGGGCUGGAGACUCUGU